GCUUGUUUGCCACAGGAGUUUCUGAUUACAAACAUGGUUCUUUCCACUCCUCUCAAAUUCAAAGCGGGCAAGGUCGACUACAACGAGGAAACCAAGGUGUACACGCCGAAUCCCACCAAGGGCGAGAUUGUGAUCAGCCAAAGCGACGAGGGAGACGAGUUUUACCUGUUUGUGUGGAAGCCGCGCGAGACGACUGUUGGCGGGGUCGAGCCGGAGGAAUUGCUGGUCAUUGCCGGCGACGUCACAUGGAAAAAGGUCAACUCGUGCAAGACGGGAAGAGUGUACAUGCUGACGUUUCUGAGCAGCGGUGCCAAAAACCUGUUUUGGAUGCAAGAAAUCAACGACGACGAGAACGAUCCAUCUAAGGAGACCGAGAAGGACAAGGAGAUUUUCCGCAAGAUCAAUGAUCUCUUCAAGGAAAGCGAAUGAGAGCAGUUCUCGAUGGCAAACUAUAUAGGAUGAAUAUUGCGCCAGACGUGGCAAAUAACAACGCGAGCCUCGUGUUUUUUCGCCGCCCCGGUGUGUCUUUUUACGAAUACAUCUAUAAUACGUCAAAAUGAGCAGUG